AUGGCGCCAUUCACGCUUUGGAACGAGCAAAACCACAAGUUCCGCCACCCCUCACGUCAGGACUGGACCUGGAUCCGUAGUAGGUUCGGGGAGGGAACAGUGCACAUCUCCGGGUGGCUUAUUUGUGUGGAGACUGCCUCUCCACCCCAGCCAAUACCACUGACCCUUGGAACGAUGCCUGUUAUAUUCGUGCGCCCCGGUGAGAUGUUUAGGGAACCAAUCCCCUUAUCUGGAUAUUCGAAUCAUCGUGUUCCCGAUCCCUGUCCCACUGUCCGGUGGCCCAAAUUAACCAAUCCGACUAAGCGUCAGAUAGUUGCUGUGCUUACUGCCAUCGUGCCACUUGCUCGUGUGAGAGCUGCUAAUUUUCUCCCGGCUUGGACUAUCUUCGAACUUGAGUUUGGAGAUGGCCGGAGCUACAAAAAGCAAUCCCUUCCCGGGGUCGUCGCAGGCCGAACAGCACUCUACCACCAUGGAGAUAAACCGUUUUCUAGCACUAUGAGAAACCUUACCCGCCCUCGCUUUAUUGACCCAUCCCUGGUAUCGGCUGCUGGUACUGCACCACAAGAUGACUCAAACUACCUUCGGCGGUUGGUUCUUACACCAGGAUGUAGAAUUGAGAGUGGUCUCGGGAUAUCAGGUGCCCCAACCGACUUCAUAAACGCUGCAACCACGUGUGGUAUCAAAAUUCGCAAUCUGGCGGGCGAAGAAAUGUUGACAGUCGCCAAUCAUGAUUUUCUCUCGUCAGAGGAAGUAUACCACCCAUUUGUGAAUGGAGGAGAUCUUAUCGGCGAGGUCGUCGAUACCCGACCUGAGCUUGACAUCGCUCUCGUCAAGCUAACGCCCGCUGCCUCAUCUAGCUUCACUAAUUCCUGUUACUUUCAAGCCAAACCACCUACUCGCCUCCUAGAAAUGUCUCAAAUCUCCCAAGGCUCAUGGAGUGAAGUGGACGGCAUGAGUUCAGGGCUCUUUAACAUGAUGAAUAUCGGCACCCAAACCAUGCAACCGAAACGUCCAGCUGGGCAUCCCGAAAUCGAAUUUGAAGAAUGGGAAACCAGGUCGGUGGAUUUCAUUUUUGGAAAUGUUAAUAGGCCUAUCUCUGAUGGUGUGUGCGGCGCCCCAAUCGUAGACGUUGAAUCAGGUGGGGUAUCCGGCUUUUUCCACUUGAGUGAUGGGGUCUUUGCUUAUAGUGCUGUCCUCGAUGAUCUGGUGGCUGAGGGAUGGGGAUUAGUGUGA